AUGGUGACUUUGCUGAUUUGGCACUUUAACUCUUUUUCAGAUCAGUUUCCUUUGCUGACAACAAAACGAGUGUUCUGGAAAGGAGUGCUGGAAGAGCUGCUAUGGUUUAUCCAGGGUUCAACAAAUGCUAAAGAGCUCUCUGCAAAAGGAGUGAAGAUUUGGGAUGCCAAUGGAUCACGUGACUUCUUGGAUAAACAAGGUUUCAGUAAGAGAGAGGAAGGGGAUUUGGGACCAGUAUAUGGUUUCCAGUGGAGACACUUUGGGGCUGAAUACAAAGAUAUGAAUGCAGAUUACUCAGGCCAAGGAGUGGACCAGCUGCAGAAUGUAAUUGACACAAUCAAAAACAAUCCAGAUGACAGAAGAAUCAUCAUGUGUGCUUGGAAUCCCAAAGAUAUUUCACUAAUGGCUUUGCCUCCAUGCCACGCCCUUUGCCAGUUUUAUGUUCUAAAUGGUGAACUGUCAUGCCAGUUGUAUCAGAGAUCUGGAGACAUGGGACUAGGGGUGCCUUUCAAUAUCGCCAGUUAUUCACUGCUCACAUAUAUGAUUGCCCAUGUCACAGGCCUGAAGCCUGGUGAAUUCAUACAUACGCUAGGAGAUGCUCAUAUAUAUCUGAAUCAUGUCGAACCUUUAAAAAUUCAACUCCAGAGGGAACCACGACCUUUCCCAAAACUCAAAAUUCUUCGUAAAGUUGAAAACAUCAGUGACUUCAAAGCAGAUGACUUUCAGAUUGAAGAUUAUAACCCACAUCCAGCUAUUAAAAUGGAGAUGGCUGUUUAACUAACUUAAUUUUUUCAACACGAUGAGAGUCUGUUUGAUAAGUAUGUUACCUUUACUGUACUUGAGCUCUGUGUGGUGCUUUUAAAAGUUGCUUAAAGCAGUUAAAAUGGAUCCUGUUCCAGUAGAUUAACUGUUCAGAAGCAGAUAAAUAGCUGUAAAAUACCUUUAAUGAGAGAAGUACAUUUAAUGGAAGUUGUUUACCUUCAUACAGGUGGUGUCAUUGAACCAAAUCUUGUAGAAGAAUUAGCACUCUGUUUAAUAGUCAGUGCUUGAGUAGAGAGGGCUCUGGCUCCUAAUUGUUAGGUGACUUCGGUUUGUAUAUCUACAAAUAAUUUAUGAAUUGGCUGGCACUCCCCUAGGUUAUGGGGUUAAGUUAAUAUUUUGAGCUUUUCCUUCUCUGCACUAUAGCCUGAACAGUGAGAAAUGAUUAGUCUUGUUCUGUAUUAACUUCACUUACCUUUAUAUACAGUAUUUGUUACUACAAAUGUUUUGUUUAAGUACUAUCAGAGAUCACUUUUUUAAACUUGGUGAGUUGAUAAUGUUUAUUAAACACAAAAAUAUUUUCAA